AUCAUGAAAAGAAUUGUGGCACCUGAAACUGAUAAUCAAUACCAAAGUGAUCAACACCUUUGAAAAAUCACCUGUUGAUGUGUGUGUUAGCCAUUAUUGGAUAAAUUCAUAUAGAUAUUAGUUAAAUGACUCAGGUUGUAUAAGGUUUCUAUGGCGAUGCUCUCACACAGUAUUUAUUCCAGUUUCUCUGUCAAUCUUCCAUUCAUAGUCUGCUUCUAAGACACUGAAACUUUCCAUAUUUUUACCAUAUUGUUUAACCUUUACAUAGUCUUAUGUUUAAGCAUCAUGGUGACUGGAAACAGUUUACUGAACCAGAAUUAAUGAUUUGAAAGCAGUAAUUAGUUGUUAGUGCUGGAUUUCUAAGUGACUAUAGUAUCGGUUAGGAUGGAGAUCUCUGAGCAUUUAAUCCCGUUUCCUAUAGUUAAUGCUCUGUAAACAUGGGCAUACAUCAUAUCUUUGUGCUUGCAGUAUGACAAUUUUUGAUCUAGGCCAUUUUGUCUUGAAAGCUGAUGUGUAAUGAACAUGAAACUUGAAACUCUGUUUUACAGCCACUGAGGUGCCCAGAUUCUCCAAAUAUUUGAAAUGUUGGAGGUAUUUCUGUGAUGCCUUGGAGCCAGCUAGUCAGUCAGAGGAAUAUAAUGGACUGAGCUUAUAAUGGGAUGUACCUCAUCUAAUGCUGUCCGAGUGGAGGAUGAAAUUCCAAGGUCACAAAGUGUGAUUCGCUCGGUGGUGCUGAUACAGAAGUGGUACCGGCGGUAUCUGGCAAGAACGGAGGCCAGAAGGCGGUGCACCUGGACGAUAUUCCAGUCUAUAGAGUAUGCUGGGGAACAGAAUCAAUUAAAGCUUUACAACUUUUUCAACACCAUGCUGGGCCAAAUGGACACAGAUGACAUUGGGCAGCCUAAAAUACUCCGAGCUCUGUCUGUGUCUCAAAGACCGGCAAAAAUUGAUACCAAAACCUUAGAGGAGGAGGACCAUGUACUGAUGAGGGAAAGUGACCCGGACUCCAUCGAGGUCGAGUCCUCCUAUAGAGGGGUCCAUCUCACAUUCCCACUCACACAGGCUCAACUACAGAGCCUCAUCAACUCCUUCAAAACCAAGCAGCCACUGCAUGCCAAAUACCUGAUUCAACUUUUACUUGAGACUCGCACUGCAUUAAAGCAAAAAGCCAAUAUUAACUAUGCCACUACCUCGAUCUCAAAGCAAAUAACAGUCUGUGGGGAUCUUCAUGGGAAACUAGAUGAUCUCUACAUGAUUUUUCACAAGAAUGGUCUUCCAUCUGUACACAACCCUUAUAUAUUCAAUGGAGAUUUUGUGGACAGGGGGCGUAACUCUGUAGAAAUUGCUGUGAUUCUCUUUGUAUGUUUUCUAAUCAACAAAAAUGAAGUUUAUCUUAACCGUGGAAACCAUGAAGACCAUGUGAUGAACCUAAGAUAUGGUUUUGUUAAAGAGCUGGUGAAAAAAUACUCUAUACAUGCAAGCAAAGUCAUCCAUCUGUUUGAGGAUGUGUUUAGCUGGUUACCAAUAGCAACCAUUGUGGACUACAAAAUCCUUGUUGUUCACGGAGGUGUUUCAGACACAUUGGACCUUAAUUUCCUGGCAACCAUAGAUAGACACAAGUUUCUUUCAAUUUUACAUCCACCAAGAGGGGGAAAUGACACAUCAAAAUUAAGUGAUACCGAACUCCGCGAAUGGAAAUUGAUUUUAGACAUACUAUGGAGUGAUCCUCGAGCUAAGCAUGGUUGUCAUGACAACACAUUUCGAGGAGGAGGAAGUUAUUUUGGUCCAGAUAUUACAGACUAUAUACUGACAAAACACAAACUUAAACGAAUUAUUCGCUCACACGAAUGUAAACCUGAUGGAUAUGAAUUCACACAUAACAAUAAGGUAUUAACCAUAUUUUCUGCCUCUAACUAUUAUGAAGAGGGAAGUAACAAAGGAGCCUAUGUGAAGCUGCAUGGAUCAGACCUGGAGUACCAGCUUGUCCAGUACAUGACCAGUAAAGGAGCCAACAGAAAGGUCACCUUUGCUCAGCGAGUCACAAAAGUCGAGUCCUCGGCCAUCGUCAAUCUGAGAGAGAAAAUUCUCGGCUCUAAGUCAGAAUUUUUGGAGGAGUUCCACAAACUAGACCCUGAAAAGACAGGAAAAGUGACCCAGCAUGAUUGGUGUACAGUGAUGGGGAGUAUUCUAGGGAUGGACCUUCCCUGGAGAACUCUGAGACCCAAGCUAGCACGCUGUGAUGAGAAGGGAAUGGUGGCGUAUGAUACAACAUUUGAAGAGAUGAGAAUUUAUCACCGCUACAGUGGGAAUGGUCCUACAGUGACAGAGAUGCUGUACAGACAGAAAGACAACCUGGAGAGUCUGUUUAGGAUUCUGGAUAGAGAUAAUUCAGGACAAAUUUCAAUGGAGGAAUUUAACGAAGUUAUCCAACUCCUUGUGAAACAGCAGAAUGUGAACUGUCCACUGGAUCAAAUCUCAGACAUAGCAAAGAGCAUUGACUUAAACCAUGAUGGAAAAAUAGACUUUAAUGAAUUCCUGGAGGCUUUUAGGAUUGUGGACAGUUAUGGUAAAUUCUCAGAAGUCCAGCGCCAGGAGCUUAUGUCUAUCAGUUCUAUGGACAGCAUCAUAAACAUGAAGAACUGUAGCUUCUCUAUGGGGACCAAGAGAAGGGUCUCAAAUCUGGAUGAUAUCAAAGAAUUCAAAUGAGGAUCAUGACAAUCAAAAAUGUUAAAAAGUCAGAAUUCCUUGUUUCUAAGAUUUUGCUGUUUACCAAUGACUUGAAUAUUUCUUGAUGUUUUAUGAAUACAUGUAUCUUUAUUUAUUUAAAGUUAAUUAAUUUUAGUUAGAAUGACAGUGAGUUUUGUGUACCUUAUUAAGCAAUCAAAGAGUCUGUGAUUUUUUUAAUUUAUUAUUGUACAUCCUCUUUAAUCCCAGUCUGGAGCUGUGUGUAGAUUUAUGAUUGUAGCAUUUUUUUUCCAUUUGCUUUUCUAUAGGAAUUUUUUUUAAAGAUUAUUAAAAAUUAACCAAGAA